GGGGCUGCGGCGGGGCGUCGCCAACGGCUCCCGCGGCGGUUCGAACGCGACGCCGCCGGGGUUCGCUGGUGUCCCGCGUGCAGUGUCGGGGGUUCCACGCUCUGGGUCCGGGAGAGGGGCGAGGUUUCCGAGCGCAGACGGGUGCGCCGGCGUCGGGAACUAGAGAUAUUGAAAAGAAAAAGCAGCAUGGGGACCUGAUCCAUUGACUUUUGUUUGGGAGCGUCUGUUUAAGCGGAAGCAAAUUUGUGGAAACCAAAGAGGAAAGAGGAGAGAAACAUUUUCUCUGCUAAGAUUAUAAUAGCAGUUCAUUUAAGUUUCUGCCACAGUUCCCUCUAAUAAGAAAUGGAAUCUAGUUCAUCAGACUAUUACAAUAAAGACAAUGAAGAAGAAAGUUUGCUGGCAAAUGUUGCUUCCUUAAGACAUGAGCUGAAGAUAACAGAAUGGAAUUUGCAGAGUUUAGGGGAAGAGUUAUCUAGUGUUAGUCCAAGUGAAAAUUCUGAUUAUGCCUUUAAUCGUUCAAAGUCUGAAAGACUCAUUCUGGAAGAUCUUUCUCAGCCUAGCCAGUUUGGACUUUUGAAUUACUUACCUUAUAAAAAAGUUUGUAAAAUGCCCAACUGUGGUGCUGAUUUUCAAAAAAAGCCAAGAGAUGAGAUGCCUUUUUCAUCUUCUACACCUGUGGAUCAGGAGAUCAAAAGUCUUCGUGAGAAACUUAAUAAACUUAGGCAACAGAAUGCUUGUUUGGUCUCACAGAAUCAUUCUUUAAUGACUAAAAUAGAAUCUGUCCACUUCGAAUUAACGCAGUCAAGAGCAAAAGUUUCUAUGCUUGAAUCUGCUCAACAACAGGCAGCCAAUGUACCAAUCUUAGAAGAACAGAUUAUAAAUUUGGAAGCAGAAGUUUCAGCCCAAGAUAAAGUUUUGAGAGAGGCAGAAGAUAAAUUAGAGCAGAGUCAGAAAAUGGUGAUUGAAAAGGAACAGUGUUUGCAGAAGUCCCAAGAGGAAUGUAUAAGGUUGAAGGUUGACUUACUUGAACAAAGUAAACAAGGAAAGAGAGCUGAAAGACAAAGGAAUGAAGCACUAUACAAUGCUGAAGAGCUAAGUAAAGCUUUCCAACAUUAUAAGGAAAAAGUGGCUGAAAAACUGGAAAAGGUUCAAGCUGAAGAAGAAAUUUUAGAGAAAAAUCUAAUUAACUGUGAAAAAGAAAAUAAAAGGCUACAGGAAAAGUGUGGUUUAUAUAAAAGUGAACUUGAAAUUCUGAAGGAAAAGUUAAGGCAGUUAAAAGAAGAAAAUAAUAAUGGAAAAGAAAAAUUAAGGAUAAUGGCAGUGAAAAAUUCAGAAGUCAUGGCACAACUAACUGAAUCUAGACAAGGUAUUUUGAAGCUAGAAAGUGAGUUAGAGGACAAAGAGGAAAUACUUAGAGAAAAAUUUUCUCUAAUGAAUGAAAAUCGAGAAUUAAAAGUUCGUAUUGCAACACAGAAUGAGAGACUGGAUUUGUGUCAACAAGAAAUAGAAAGUUCAAGGGUGGAACUGAGAAGUUUGGAAAAAAUUAUAUCCCAGUUACCAUUAAAAAGAGAGAUGUUUGGUUUUAAAUCAUCUUUUUAUAAGCACCAGACCAGUAGUUUGUCAAACAAGGAAGACAGUUAUAUUGGCUGCUGUGAGACAAAUAAAAUGGUGAUUUCGGAAUUGAGAAUUAAGCUUGCAAUAAAAGAGGCAGAAAUUCAAAAGCUUCAGGCAAACCUGACUGCAAAUCAGUUAUCUCACAGUCUCAUUGCUUGUAAUGAUAACCAACAAAGUGGCAAAUUAAAUAGUGUAGAAACAGAACCUGUAAAAUUAGGAGGUAAUCAAGUAGAAAAUAUUAGAGAUCAAAGUCAAUAUACUGUGAACAAGCAAUAUGAAAGAGAAAGGCAAAGACUUGCUUCUGGAAUAGAAGAAUUACGUGAUAAGUUGAUGCAAAUAGAAGCUGAGAAUUCUGAUUUGAAGGUUAACAUGGCUCACAGAACUAGUCAGUUUCAGCUGAUUCAAGAGGAGCUGCUUGAGAAAGCUUCAAAUUCUAGCAAGCUUGAAAGUGAAAUGACAAAGAAAUGUUCCCAACUUUUAACUCUAGAGAAACAGCUGGAAGAAAAAAUAGUUGCUUAUUCCUCUAUUGCUGCAAAAAAUGCAGAACUAGAACAGGAACUUAUGGAAAAGAAUGAAAAGAUUAGAAGUCUAGAAACCAAUAUCAAUACAGAGCAUGAGAAAAUUUGUUUAGCUUUUGAAAAGGCAAAGAAAAUUCAUCUUGACCAGCAUAAAGAAAUGGAAAAACAAAUUGAGAGACUUGAAUCUCAACUGGAGAAAAAAGAACAACAAUUUAAAGAACAAGAAAAGACCAUGUCCAUGUUGCAGCAAGAUAUAAUAUGUAAACAACAUCAUCUUGAAUCACUAGACAGACUCUUGACGGAAAGCAAAGGGGAAAUGGAAAAGGAAAAUAUGAAGAAAGAUGAAGCUUUGAAAGCAUUACAGAACCAAGUAUCUGAAGAAACAAUCAAGGUCAGACAGCUAGAUUCGGCAUUGGAAAUUUGUAAGGAAGAACUAGCUUUACAUUUGAACCAAUUGGAAGGAAAUAAAGAAAAGUUUGAAAAACAGCUAAAGAAGAAAUCUGAAGAGAUAUAUUGUUUACAGAAAGAGCUGAAGAUUAAAAAUCACAGUCUUCAAGAGACUGCUGAGCAAAAUGUUGUUCUGCAGCAUAGUCUUCAACAACAGCAGCAGAUGUUACAACAAGAGACAAUUAGAAACGGAGAGCUAGAAGACCUUCAAACUAAACUUGAAAAACAGGUAUCAAAACUGGAACAAGAGCUUCAGAAACAAAGGGAAAGUUCAACUGAAAAACUGAGAAAAAUGGAGGAGAAAUGUGAAGCAGCCACAUAUGAAGCAGAUUUAAAAAGGCAAAAAGUUAUUGAACUUACUGGUACUGCCAGGCAAGUAAAACUUGAGAUGGAUCAGUAUAAAGAAGAGCUCUCUAAAAUGGAAAAAGAAAUAAUGCACCUAAAACGAGAUGGAGAAAAUAAAGCAAUGCAUCUCUCUCAGUUAGACAUGGUAUUAGAACAGACUAAGACAGAACUAGAUAAGAAAACAAAUGCUGUAAAAGAGUUAGAAAAGUUACAGCACCACACUGAAACCGAGUUAACAGAAGCCUUGCAGAAACGGGAAGCACUAGAGACUGAACUACAAAAUGCUCAUGGAGAAUUAAAAAGUACUUUAAGGCAACUCCAGGAAUUAAGAGAUGUUCUACAGAAGGCUCAAUUAUCAUUAGAGGAAAAAUACACCACUAUAAAGGAUCUCACAGCUGAACUUAGGGAAUGCAAGAUGGAAAACGAAGAUAAAAAACAAGAACUCCUUGAAAUGGAUCAGGCACUUAAGGAGAGAAAUUGGGAGCUAAAGCAGAGAGCAGCUCAAGUUACACAUUUGGAUAUGACUAUUCGUGAGCACAGAGGAGGAAUGGAACAGAAAAUAAUUAAAUUAGAGGGAACUCUGGAGAAAUCAGAAUUGGAACUUAAAGAAAGUAACAAACAGAUAGAAAGUUUGAAUGAAAAAUUACAAAACACUAAAGAACAGCUUCGAGAAAAAGAGUUUGUAACACUACAGAAUGAACAAGAGAUCAGUCAACUGAAAAAAGAAACUGAACGGGCACAACAAAAAAUGAAAGAAAUGGAAAAUGUUAUGAAAGAGCAGGAACAGUACAUUGCAACUCAGUACAAGGAGGCCAUAGACUUGGAGCAAGAAUUGAGGCUAACUCGGGAACAGAUGCAGAACUCUCAUGCAGAACUGGUGGAGGCUCAUCGUCAGCAAGUCCAGGCGCAGCGAGAAAUAGAAAGGCUCUCAAGUGAACUGGAGGAAGUGAAGCAACUCUCUAAAGAGAAAGAAGCUCAUGGAAACCAUUUAGCUGAAGAAUUGGGGGCUUCUCAAGUACGUGAAGCUCACUUAGAAGCAAGAAUGCAAGCCGAAAUCAAGAAAUUGUCAGCAGAAGUAGAAUCUCUCAAAGAAGCUUAUCAUCUAGAGAUGAUUUCACAUCAGGAGAACCAUGCGAAGUGGAAGAUUUCUGCUGACUCUCAAAAGACUUCUGUUCAGCAGCUGAAUGAACAGUUAGAGAAAGCAAAACUAGAAUUAGAAGAAGCUCAGGACACUGUAAGCAAUUUGCAUCAACAAGUCCAAGACAGGAAUGAAGUAAUUGAAGCUACAAAUGAAGCAUUACUUAUUAAAGAAUCAGAAUUAACCAGAUUACAAGCCAAAAUUUCUGGACAUGAAAGGGCAGAAGACAUCAAGUUUCUCCCAACCCCAUUUACAUCUCCAGUAGAAAUUACACCUGAUACUCAAGAUUCAAAAUUUGCUAAGCAUUCUCACAUAGCUUUUUUCAAGCGUGGAAAACUACGUCGCUCUAUUAGUGCCAGUGACCUUAGUUUCAAAACUCGUAGCGAUGAAGCUCUUUCUGAAGAAUUAUUGCAGGACUUAAAAAAAAUGCAACUGGAACAACCUUCAGCAUUAGAAGAAAGCCAGAAGGAUAUGUCUUAUACCCAGUCAGACUCCUUUAAACCUCUCACAUAUGACCUAGAAGAUGAUAAUUCUGAGAAUAAUGACUUCAGUACUCUUAGUGGAAUGCUAAGAUAUAUAAACAAAGAAGUGAGACUAUUAAAAAAGUCUUCUAUGCAAACAGGUGCUGGUUCAACUCAGGAAUUCACAGGACAGAAGAGAACUGAGAGGAGGGAACUGUGCCAGAGACAGCUCUUGAAAUCUGCAAAGGAUCCCUAUCCAGUUUUCAGGAUCUGCUCUAUCUGGCCCUGAAAAAAACAGGACCAAACUCAGAAAAGCUACCACCGCUGACACCCUGGCCCCAGCAGUUAUUUAUGGAAUGCACCGAUGGUGGUUAUCCUCACCAUCUAGUCCUUGGAUGGCAAGACCAUGAGGAGCCACACCUGGAUGAGACUGCGCCGGAACUGGAAGGAUGGCCACUUGACCUCCAGAGGGCGGGACUAAGAGAACAAUAACCAGGGGGAUGUAGCUUUGGGCUUGGAAGGGGCGCACGCAGGGGCCGCAUCGGAUGGGCUGGAAGCAGUUUGUCAUGUACAUGUGGAGAAAGGGAACCAAAUCAUAAAACACAGAGGCCAGCUCUUAGGCCACACACAGUGCACAGGGACGUCUCCCUGCCCUGCAGAGGGUCAAACAGCAGCAACAUCCACACGCAUCACCUGGAGUCUAGCCAUGGCUGCGGGACACAGGGCUAGAAAUCUGACCCAAACCUGCCAAACAGACUUGCUCUCUUGGGAAACUGGCGUUUUGAACUGAGAUGCAUAGAGAUGGGGCGUUGCCUCCAGCCCAGGAGGAGGACUAGUUAUAGAUUCCUACUGCUGCGUUUCCCUGGUUAUCCAACAGCUCCCAAGAUUCUGUGAGAUACACCAGAAUCCUUCUGGUAAAGUCAGCUUAAGUGGCUAGAGUUGUUCACUGCAACCGGGAGAACCUUAGUAUGACGCUUCUCUGAGUAUCUUUCGCUCAUGCUGGUCUUUCAUAGGCUCCUUUCCCUCAGCCUCCACCAAAGUAUCACCGCUCACCAAGAAUGCCAUCGUUCUGUCUCACUGAGCCUUUGCUGGGCCCCUUCUUCCUGAAAACUUCUUCAAGGAUUACCUCCUCUCUAACACUUUCAAUCAACAUCCCAUAUUUACCUGCUUUGGUUUGGAAGGUCCUCCACUCUGCCCUUAGAGCCCGUCAUGCCACAAUCAAGGCACAUAUCACACUGCACAGUAGUCCUGGUUUAUUUGCCUCAUCUCAUUAGAUGGCAAGCUCCUUGAUAGAAGGGGCAACGUCUUAUUUGACUUUAUUUCUCCAGUUUCUUGUUACAGUGUCUGGCACAUAGGAGAGCCAUGAAGUAAAUGGCUGAAUGAAUAAACAGCUUCUGCAUCAGGAGAACAUGCUCAGACUUACCUGCUGGAAGAAUGUGAGAGACGAUGGAAAAAAGCCAAGGCCUUUCUAGACCUGAUGACAGCUGGUCCCCAAACAUUUGGGAGUCCAGCCAAAGUUGGAAGACUCACAGCUGACUCAGAAAGCCUCUGUUCGUGAGUUCCACUGCCUCACCCAUUUGGCCAUCUCACUUUUCUUGAGCUGUUGUACAACACAAAUGCUUUAUGUCAAUUACGGCCAUCUCCUGUUUCCAGAACAAUUUCUGCCUCCACAACUUCAUGUUGUUACUUUGAAGACAGUUUAUUUUCUCUCCACCUCAAAAUAUAGUCAAAAGUCUGUAUUUUAAAGCUCCUUCAUUACUUCUCAACAGCGCCAAUGGAUUUUUGAGGCAUAACCAUGUGGUAAGUCUUCUUGCUGACCCAUGAUGAACCCAUUAACAUAAACCUUUUGAGAUUUGGGGGUUAUUUGCUCUUGCAAUAUAAUCCAGCCUAUCCCCACUGUUAUACUGAGUUCAGGGAAGUAAUUUAGCUUUAUCGUUUCACUUUCCUUAUCGGUAGAGAUUAAAUCAGCACCUUAAUCUGUAGAGAUUAAAAUACGGUUGCUCUUGAGGAUUAAAUGAGAUAAUACAGGUGAAAGUACUUGGGUACGAUCAGGUUAGUAAUAACAAAUGAGCAUAAUGGGAAGUACUUGUUUGCUUUUUCAAACAUUUAACCUCCAAAUUACAAAUGGUAUAAGAUUAUUGUCAGCAAUUUUAGCUGAAAGUUUGGGCAUCUACAAAUUAACACAUCUUAAGAUUACUACAGAGUUAGCCUAACUCAUCCUAAGAAACAGCUCUAUUUUGUUUCUGUUCAUAUCAUGAAUUUUGGGAUACCAUGAAAAACAUGUUUCAUAUACAAGCAUUCUAAAACCCUUAAAGCUUAUUAAAGAGAUGCUAUCCUUGUCUUUUCAAAAGUCUAUUUAUAAUAGGGAUCUACUGUUCUAUAAGUGUUUAAAUGUGGGCUCCAGAUUAACAUAUUUCUCUGCUAUUUAUAUUUAAAAUUUCCCUCAGCCAUACUACGUAUGGGUUAUCAGUGGCUGAAGACUACCCAGACCUGGUAAAGAUGACAGCCAUACCCCAUCAUUUAUAUAAUAAUUCAUAAUGUUAAAGGUGCUUUUACAUACAGUCUCAUUCGACUUUGUGUCUUCUGAGUUAUGUAAUAUUUCCAUUUCUGGUUGAGGAAAAAGGAGACUUGGAAGGUGGCCUGCCUAAAGUUACAAAAAACUGGGACUGGAACCUGUUUCUUUACUACACAUUUCUUGCUUCUUUUACCACAGAACUCUGUAGUAAUAAAUUACUGGAGUAACAACA